GUGACAGGGACGGAAGCCGAGAAGGCACACUGCUGACACAAAACCCUGGGAGUGGGAGUCGCGGGGUCGUAAGGAUGAUCCCCCCGCAGGAGGCGUCCGCCCGGCGGCGGGAAAUUGAGGACAAGCUGAAGCAGGAGGAGGAGACGCUGUCCUUCAUCCGAGACAGCCUGGAGAAAAGCGACCAGCUCACCAAGAACAUGGUGUCCAUCCUGUCGUCCUUCGAGAGCCGCCUGAUGAAGCUGGAGAACUCCAUCAUCCCCGUGCACAAGCAGACAGAGAACCUGCAGCGGCUGCAGGAGAAUGUUGAGAAGACCCUGUCCUGCCUGGACCACGUCAUCAGCUACUACCAUGUGGCCAGUGACACAGAGAAGAUCAUCAGGGAGGGCCCCACAGGUAGGCUGGAAGAGUACCUGGCGAGCAUGGCCAAGAUUCAGAAGGCUGUGGAGUAUUUCCAGGACAAUAGCCCGGACAGCCCAGAGCUCAACAAAGUGAAGUUGCUGUUUGAGCGCGGGAAGGAGUCUCUGGAGUCCGAGUUCCGCAGCCUGAUGACCCGGCACAGUAAGGUCGUCUCCCCAGUGCUCAUCCUGGAUCUGAUCAGCGGGGAGGAGGAGCUGGAGGUCCAGGAGGAGGUGCCCCUGGAGCACCUGCCCGAGGGCGUGCUCCUGGACGUGGUCCGCAUCUCCCGCUGGCUGGUGGAGUACGGGCGCAACCAAGAUUUCAUGAACGUCUACUACCAGAUCCGCUCCAGCCAGCUGGACCGCUCCAUCAAGGGCCUGAGGGAGCACUUCCGGAAGAGCACCUCUGCCUCUGGGGUCCCCUACUCCCCGGCCAUCCCCAACAAGAGGAAAGACACGCCCACCAAGAAGCCUGUCAAGCGGCCAGGGACGAUCCGUAAGGCUCAGAACCUUCUGAAACAGUAUUCCCAGCAUGGUCUAGAUGGGAAAAAGGGGGGCUCUAACCUCAUUCCUCUGGAAGGUCACGAGCAUGAUUUCCGAGUUAAGCACCUGUCCGAGGCCCCGAACGACAAGCACGGGCCGCUGGCCGGGAGAGACGACAUGCUGGACGUGGAGACCGACGCCUACAUCCACUGCGUCAGCGCCUUCGUGAAGCUGGCCCAGAGCGAGUACCAGCUGCUGAUGGAGGUCAUCCCGGAGCACCACCAGAAAAAGACCUUCGACUCCCUGAUACAGGACGCACUGGAUGGGCUCAUGCUCGAGGGGGACAACAUCGUGUCGGCCGCCCGGAAGGCCAUCGCGAGGCACGACUUCUCCGCUGUGCUCACCGUCUUCCCCGUGCUGCGGCACCUCAAGCAGACCAAGCCCGAGGUCGACCAGGUGCUCCAGGGCACAGCCGCCAGCACCAAGAACAAGCUGCCCAGCCUCAUCGCCUCCAUGGAGACAGUGGGCGCCAAGGCGCUGGAGGACUUCGCCGACAACAUCAAGAACGACCCGGACAAGGAGUACAACAUGCCCAAGGACGGCACCGUGCACGAGCUCACGAGCAACGCCAUCCUCUUCCUGCAGCAGCUCCUGGACUUCCAGGAGACGGCGGGCGCCAUGUUGGCCUCCCAAGUUCUUGGGGACACAUACAAUAUUCCUUUAGACCCCCGAGAGACCAGCUCUUCAGCCACCAGCUACAACUCCGAGUUCAGCAAGCGCCUGCUGAGCACCUACAUCUGUAAAGUCCUGGGCAACCUGCAGCUGAACCUGCUGAGCAAGUCCAAGGUGUACGAGGACCCGGCUCUGAGCGCCAUCUUCCUGCACAACAACUACAACUACAUCCUCAAGGCCCUGGAGAAGUCUGAGCUGAUCCAGCUGGUGGCCGUGACCCAGAAGACGGCCGAGCGCUCCUACCGGGAGCACAUCGACCAUCAGAUCCAGACCUACCAGCGCAGCUGGACCAAGGUGACGGAGUACAUCUCCGAAAAGAAUCUACCUGUGUUCCAACCGGGAGUCAAGCUCCGGGACAAGGAGCGGCAGAUGAUCAAGGAGCGCUUUAAGGGCUUCAACGACGGCCUUGAAGAGCUGUGCAAGACCCAGAAAGCCUGGGCCAUUCCCGACACGGAGCAGAGGGACAAGAUCCGCCAAGCUCAGAAGCACAUCGUCAAGGAGACGUAUGGGGCCUUUCUGCACAGGUACAGCAGCGUGCCCUUCACCAAGAACCCCGAGAAGUACAUCAAGUACCGCGUGGAGCAGGUGGGCGACAUGAUCGACCGCCUCUUCGACACGUCCGCGUGAGCUGCGCCUGCCCCUGCCUGGCCUCGCAGGCCGGCGUGCCACCGGACACAUAAACCCAUGUUGACUGGCCUCUGGGCCGGGUGAGCCUCAUGUCCUUCGGGGCAGGGGCGUUUCUUCGCCGCCCGGGCCAGGUGCCCUGUGCCUGGGCCCUCGAGUCCUGGUUUGUGCUUCUCCCCGCAGCCCCCACCCUCCGCCCUCCGCCCUCCGCCCUCCGCCACAGCGCGCUCCUGGGCGCCCGCCUUCCCGCACAGCUUGGGCGUCGUGUCCCUGACCACAGCCUGCAGGGGCCACCUGGUGGCCUCCAGGCAGGAAAGGACAGAGAGGGACACCCAGGCCUGUGGCCACGGCUGCCUGGGGAGCACAGCAGCAGGGGGCGGGACAACCCUGCCGCCCGCCCCGGUCAGAGCCCUGAGCCGAGGACACGGCACCCCCCUUCAGCUCGGACCCGUGGGUGGAGGGGCGCGGGCCGCAUGGCAGCCAGAGGGCCUGGAGGGGACACGAGCAGGGCUGACCUGCGCUUGGACUUCGUGCGGAAGCACACUCUCCGCUGCCACGUCCUGGGGCUGGGGGGCUCUGUCCCCAGCAGUGCGCACUCUCCGUUCCCUCCGGUCCCGCACGCCUCAGCCAUCCAGAGGAGUUCUGACGCCCCCACCCCGUGACUCUCGGCCCGUCUCCUGGUCCCCGUGCCCCCGGCCCAGGGCCAAGCAGCAGUGGCCUCAGGAAGAGCAGUUAGACUGGGGCGUGAGGGGCGGCUGGGGGACCGGUGGCCACCGCUGAGUUCAGGAGCGGAGUGGGAGUUGAGGG